AUUGCCGAGGCGCUGCGUGCGCAAAGGAAGAGAAGAACACAGCCCCGCGCGGCCGCAGCGUCCCCACACCACGCAGGACGCCACCGCCGCGCUGCCCCCAUCAAGAGCGGCGCCGCGCGCUGCGGUCCCCAACGAAAUUUUCGCCCCCUCACUUUUUCGCCUCACGCGCCGCGCGCAGGCCAUGGCGGCCCUCACGGAAGCCACGGACAACGUCGUCGACGCCCCGGUGCCGCCGCUGUCGGACAAGAAGCGCGCCAGCGACGCCAGUGCACCGGCGGCCAAGCGCCCGAGCCUCGGGCCGAGCAGUGGCCCGUUACUGAAAUUUACGCCCGAGGACCAAGCCUUGCUUGUGGAAUUGUGCAAGAAGCCCUUCGAAAGGCAAGCGAAGCACUUCAUCAACGCCUUCUGGGACCGGAGUUCCACGAAACAUAAGCCGUUCGGCGAGAAUCAAGAAGAGUGCGAACGGAUCUUUACUUGGUCCCAUGAAUUCGCCAAGCUCGACAAAGGCAAAAGAGGCAAUGAACUCGAUGAAUUCGAGGCGCACCAGUUUCUGGAAAAGUGCGUCGGUGCAUUAACGGUCCAUGACAUGCGAAGCGCCCUCAAAGCCAUCGACAUUGAUUUUAAUAGAAUGAUGUCCCUGACGGAAUUCUUGAUUUUCCACUACGCGUUGCAGGAGAAGGACUGGGUCUACCUCGUGAACUGGGCGCCUGGCAUGUCUGUCGCGCAGCGGCGCUUGAUCGAGGCCGCCCAGGCGCAGAUGAGUGAAGCUAAGGAGAAGUUGGCUGUGUCGCGGGAGAUGCUCGAGAAGUCGCAAGAAUCUGCGGCUGUCGCAGCUAAGGAGCAAGAAAGUGCUCAGACGGAAGCUCAGCUGUCCGAGGCCGCGGCCGCGGAGUCGACGAAGGCGACGCAGGACCUAGAAGCGCAGGAGCAAGCUAAGAAAGAUGAGUUGGCGAAGCAGGAGGCCAUGGCUUGUGAUGAUACACUAUCAGUCGUGAAGCGCUCUAGAGCUAAAGCCCAGGUGGCCAUCCUGAAGAACGACAACGGCCAGUCGUUGCGAACGAUGCGCAUCACGCAGGGCGCUUGUGCAAGGAAGAUGGCCAAGGCCGCGGCCAAAAUGAAAGAGGCCGCGGCGAAGGCCGAAGCGUCCAAGCUGGAAGCGGAACAGGCCGCUCAAUUAGCUUCGGAGGCGGUCGAGGCCGCCGACGCCGCCGUCCAGCAGACGACGCAGCAGCUCGAGGAGGCCAAGGCCGCCUGCGCCGAGGGCGGUUGUGAAGAAGGUACGUUCUGGUGGUUGGAUCGGGAGUUCGAGGAGUCGAUGAAGUACAUGGGCCCCAAACAAAAAGCCAAGGCCCUCGAGGCGCGGACGGCGUCGCGGCGCAAGUCGGGUACUUAUUCGCCGCAGCGGCCCUGAUUGGCGCACACGGCGCCCCCCCGCCCCUUGUCCUAACGACACUGCUGCUCGUUUGACUCCUCGGCUGUUGUCUGAGGACUCCAG